AUGUCAAACGAUCGAGCGGAAAAUGGAGAAACGCUUCUAGAUGAGUUUAAGAACCCUCAACUACAGACAACAACAACUAAACGAGUAAAAAGUAUCGACGAAUUUUUGACUUUGGGAAGAUAUUGUGUUUGGUUUCUGUUUUGUGUUGAAUUAAUGACUUUAACCUCGUUGAUCUGCAAGGUUUGUAUGGUCUUUAUAGGUGCUACUCCGAAUAUCGUUUCUUGUGGAAAUGUGACUUUUGUUGAUCAAACGGAGGCCUGUGAGAGGUUGCCCAUUUUGAUUGAGAUGACAAGCUGCAAACCGGUGUUUGAGUAUCAAUUUCUAUCGGUGAAUGUCGAGUAUAAUUUAAUCUGCAAAGAUGCGUAUCUUGUGAAGAAUUCGAUAUCGGUUCAAAUGCUCGGAGUGCUAGUGGGAAACUUUGUGUUUGGUCAAUUCUCCGAUAGUUAUGGGAGGAAACUGACAAUUUUCAUUUCUUUGAUUUGCAUCACAGUCACCUCGUUCAUCAAUGCUUAUGCGACCUCGUUUGAAGUGUUUUACUGGCUUCGCAUUGUAGUCGGCUUCUUUUCUGGUGGACUAUCAACAGCGAUUGGCGUGUACACAAUGGAAAAUGUUCCAACGAGGCACCGAAUGUGGGUGACGACAGACACUGCUAAAAGCGAAUGCUCUACUUUCUUUCUCUCGAUGAUUUGUAUUUGCUUUCUUUUCGAAUCACCGUUAUGGUUGGUUCAAAAAGAUCGAUUUGAGGCAGCAAGACGAGUUUUUUCAAAAAUUCAACGGAUCGACGGACGUUCAGAAGAUAAACUCGGAUGGCAGGAAUUGGAAGAGGCACUCGAAUAUCGCCAACAGAUUGCUGAGACUCGACCGAAAAAAGCAGAGAAAAUACACGUACUAUCACAUCUUGUGCACCUGGAAGAUGCUGUCCUGGACGAGCACUUUGGCUUUUGGAAUUGGCGCCACUUCUCUUGUCAACUAUGCCCUAAUGUUCAACAUGGAGAAGCUGAGUGGAUCACUUUAUUGGAACAAUAUUUUACUUGGAGU